CCAACUGAGAGGGGGGGGGGCUCUUCCGCAGCUCAGAGGUGCAGUGCUUUUUCGUCCCAUUUGGAGCUAUGGCGGUGGCGUUGAGGGCGGCGGUGCUGUUGAUGGCCUUGGCGCUUCAGGUGGUUGAAUCUCCACGGUUGAUACCUCAAUGUGAUCAUGGAAAAUAUCUUGAUUCUGGGAGACAUUGUUGCAAACUAUGCCCUGCAGGUACCUAUGUUGCUGAAAGCUGCAUUACGCCACAUACUUCUGGAAUUUGUGCACCCUGCCAGGAAGGAAUAGACUACACUGCUCAUGCAAAUGGAUUUCAGAAAUGCUUGCCUUGUGAUGAUUGCAAAUCUGGUUUUGAAAUGGUGAAAAGCUGCACUGUGAAGAGUAACACUGAAUGUCGGUGUAAAGCCGGGUAUUACUGCCCCCCAAGUUGUGAGGAAUGUGUUAAGUGCAAUACAAAGUGUCCUGAAGGGCAGAUUCUUGUGGAAAACUGCAAUGCCACUACAGAUAUCAAGUGUGUCUCUUCUACAGAAACCAAGACUGCCACUUCAAAUUAUAUAGCCAUUGCAUUUGUUGUUGUUGUUGUUGCUAUCAUUGCCUUUGGUGUUAUUGCAUUAUUUUGCUGGAAGUCUACAAGAAAUGGUUUCUGUCAAAGCGAUGAAGUGUCCAUAAAUGUCACUCCUUAUUAUAGAAACAUGUCUGGUAUACUUAGCUUCCUGCCUUCCCCAUAUUUUGGUUGGACAGGGCUGGAAGUUGUCAUUGUGGGAUGUGUCAAGCAGGACAUUGUGGAACGCUGUAAGAAAAAGAAUCCUGGACCAAAUGGAGCUUCAUCUGAAUCGCUGCUUAUAAAUCAGAUGGAAAAGCCAGGUCCUGUAUCAGAAAACAAGUUGCCUGGGAAUACUGACAGAAGCGACCUGGCAGCGGGCAACACAAAUGAACCUCUCCUGGGAAGCACUGAAUCCACUGCUGCAAGCCUGCAGCCCAAUUUGCAGGGGUCAAGGCAACAACCUGAGGUAGUUGUGGUGGCGUCGGCUGAAAAUUCUGAUUCUGUUAAAGUGCUGAAUGAAAUCUAUUUCGACUCAAGGAAGCAGGUACCACUGUAUGACUGGAAGAAUCUUAUGAGAAAGAGUGGCUUAGAAGACAAUGACAUUGCUGAAAUAGAGCAUGAUCACCCUUCACAAACCGGUGAACAACGUUAUCAGAUGCUAAAAGCUUUACAAAACAGAUAUGGCAUUAAAGAUGCUUUGCUUAAAUUAUUAAAUGGCAUGUGGGCUAUGAAGCUUACACAUAUUUAUGACAAUCUAACAAAUGAAUUAAAAAGCAAAGGUAUAAUAACACUGGAGACUAAAGACUAAUAUUUUGGUUUUUUAAAUAAAACUGAACAAGAGCAGAAUCUGCAAACUACAAACUGUAUGGGUCUGCUGACCUUAUUUUAGUGCAUGUAACUUUGCUGAGGAUGUAUAAGCAGAACACGCUGCUAAUAUGGUAAGCAUGGAGACUAGUACCAUUUGUCUGAAGGACAACAGUGCAUAAUGCAAAGCUACAUCUAUGUAUUUUGUAACAUCAAAAUGUGAGAUUGUAACUUGAGCUCCUGUGAAUUGCUGUACUUGAACAUUUUUGCAAUGAAAUCUGAGCAGCUGCAAACAGUUUGUCAUUCAGGUUCAAAGAAGGUAGAAAAUGAAUGUACACAGUUCAAAAUGAUGCAGUUUUACACCAUUUCCAAAUAUCCAAUGAAAUUGUUACUGUAAGAUACUCAACAGAAAGGACUGUAUAUUGUAUCUUUAACACUUGCAUUAUCAGGAAAAAAAUGUUCUUUAUGAAAUGUGCUUCCUAUUGUGACCAAGCUUCAGUGUAAUACCAAAGGUUUUACAUAAAUUGCAAAGCGUUUUUAUUAACGUUCAGCAGGCUGAAACGAGACAUAAUUUGCUUGAAGCCAGAACUGCAGGGUUAUAAAAUCAUGUAGAGGUGUUACUCCAGUAAAGAGUGGGGGCAGGGGGGGACUUUAUAUUUACAGUGAAAUCUUAGAAAUGUGAGAUUUUAUUUUUUGUAUUUAAAAAAUAUACCUUUUGCAAAUCUUUUAUAUUUAAACACUUGUCAAUAAAACACUUUCUACUAUUAAAA